UUCAAGUUGUUUAUUUGUGCACUCCAAAUUAUUUCACUCUCAUGCCUUUGUGGCCUGUCCUGUGGCCUUUGUGUCCUAAACUUUUUUGUAACACCAAAGGCCAAAUGGCCUUGUCCCUAAAAUGACGAAAUUCCAAGUCUGCUUGAGUUGUCCUGACCAGGGAGUCAUUUUUCCCCUCUGUACCGGAUGUGGGCACUGCACUCUCUGUCCAUGGUGAUUGACCAGGCCGGUCCUCUGUACCACGAAUAUGUGGAGGUCAGCUUCACCCUGGUUCUGAGGCUGCCGCUGAACAUCUACCCCACCCACAUCAAGAUCCACCAGAGUCUGGGUCGAUGCCUCAACUCCUGCACACGUUUGCCCCGCGCCACGUCAACCUGGCUAGCCUGGUGCCUAGCCUCUGUGUGAACCUGCGCAGCUCGUACCUGUCCCUGUGUUGCGCUGUGAUGGCCUGUCUGAGAUGGCUGGCCCAGAAGGAAGCGCUGGAGGUGUCGGAGCACGCCAUGGCGCUGGUCAAGGAGCUGAGACGUCCGGUCAUUAACUUCCAGCCGUCUUUCCUUUGAGGCUCAGCGUGUUCAGAUGGACUCUGAAUGAUGAGCGUGCGUUCGGAUACAGCUUCACGACCUGUAGAAAUGCCUCGUUGUCACCACUCUCUCAUCAGAUGUGAUCAUAAAGUAGGUGGGCCUGGAGGGGGCGCUGUUUAGCCUGCUGGAUCGGGAGUCAGACCCCCGACUGAGUCAUCAAGGAGACCCUGGUCCACAUGAUGACCUCCAUCACUGCAGGGAAACUGGCCCACUGGCUCAAACUCUGCAAAGAUGUGUUGUCUGCCUCUGCGGACUUCCUGGUUCUUCAUCUGGCCGACUUUCAUCUGGCCGACCUUCAUAUGGCCUUCAUGGCCGCCACCGACCACAGCGACCAGCUCCAUAUCUCUGGCCUGCAGACCCUCCUGGUCGUCAUCCGCAAGUUUGCCGCCAUCCCCAAGCCCGAGUUUCCAGGCCACGUCAUCUUGGAGCAGUAUCAGGUCAACGUGAGUCCAUGGCGUCACGCCACAUCCAGAAACGGCGAUGGCACUUCUCUCCUCUCUUCCCGUGUAGGUUGGCUCAGCGUUGAAGCUGGCCAGGUGAGGCCUUCCGUCUCCCCUCUUGCCGUAACUAAUAGCAACGGAAUGCCGGCGUUCGACUGGAGCGACGGCUGACUGUGGGGUUUGUUCUUUGCUGCCCACCAGGAGGGACCUUCUACAAGGCUGAGAUGGGGGAGCAGGCCAGACCCCACCACUACAGCUCCUGGGCUCCUAUCCUCCACACCACAGC